AUGAACCAACUGAAUAUCAGAGGUUUGGCCCAGAGAAGUAGAGCCAAGUUGUUCAGCCGAUCAUUUGCUUCAACUGCAAUUUCUCGAGGUCAAAAUUUGACUGAAAAAAUUGUUCAAAAGUACGCCGUGGGACUUCCUGAAGGUAAAUUUGUCCAUAGUGGAGACUAUGUGACAAUCAAGCCUGCACAUGUGAUGUCCCACGAUAAUUCAUGGCCUGUUGCUCUGAAAUUCAAGGGUCUGGGUGCAUCAAAGGUGUUCGACAACCGUCAGAUCGUUAACACCUUGGAUCAUGAUGUGCAAAACAAAUCUGAAAAAAAUUUGGAAAAAUACGAGAACAUCAAGAACUUUGCCAAGGAACAAGGAAUUGAUUUCUAUCCAGCUGGGAGAGGUAUCGGGCACCAGAUCAUGAUCGAAGAAGGUUACGCUUUCCCUCUAAACGUAACUGUUGCAUCAGACUCGCAUUCGAAUACCUAUGGUGGUAUUGGGGCUCUUGGAACUCCUGUUGUUCGGACGGAUGCCGCUUCUAUCUGGGCUACAGGUCAGACGUGGUGGCAGGUUCCUCCCGUUGCCAAAGUGGAGCUCAAGGGAAAGCUUCCCAAAGGUGUCACUGGGAAAGAUGUCAUUGUGUCUCUUUGUGGAUUAUUCAACAAUGAUGAGGUCUUGAACCACGCUAUUGAAUUCGUUGGAGAAGAAAUUGAAAAUCUUCCAGUUGACUAUAGACUCACCAUUGCCAAUAUGACCACCGAAUGGGGUGCUCUCUCUGGUCUUUUCCCUGUUGAUGACACUCUGAUCAGAUGGUACACGAAUAGAAUGAUCAAGUUAGGGCCUGGCCAUCCCCGUAUCAAUGAAGAGACUUUGUCCGAUUUGAUUACCAACAAGAUGGAUGCUGACCCCGAUGCUUACUACGCCAAAACCUUAACAGUAGACCUCUCCACCAUGUCUCCGUACAUAUCCGGACCAAACUCUGUAAAGAUUUCUAAUUCUCUGGAGGAUCUGUCCAACAAGAACAUGAAGAUAAACAAGGCCUAUUUGGUCUCAUGUACCAAUUCCAGACUGUCCGACAUAAGGGCUGCUGCUGAUGUUAUCAAGGGUAAGAAAGUUGCUCCUGGUGUCGAGUUUUACAUUGCAGCCGCCUCCAGUGAAGUUCAGAAAGAGGCUGAAUCUGAUGGUUCGUGGAAUUCAUUGAUCGAUGCCGGUGCUAUUACUUUACCGGCAGGUUGUGGUCCCUGUAUUGGUCUAGGAACUGGUUUGUUGGAAGAAGGCGAAGUUGGUAUUUCCGCUACCAACAGAAACUUCAAAGGUAGAAUGGGGUCAAAGGAUGCGCUCGCAUUCUUGGCUUCCCCAGAAGUUGUUGCAGCAUCUGCAGUGAUGGGUAAGAUUGCUGGACCAGAAGAAGUUGAGGGAAACCCAGUAAAACGUGUCAGAGACCUUAAAAAGAGCAUAAUUAUUCACGAACCUGAACAAUCGGAAUCUGCAGGAGGAGCUGUGGAAGUUCUUGCUGGUUUCCCCGAGUCGAUUGAAGGUGAGCUAAUUCUCUGUGAUGCUGAUAACAUCAAUACUGACGGUAUCUAUCCAGGAAAAUACACUUACCAGGACGAUGUUUCUCGUGAAAAAAUGGCCGAAGUCUGUAUGGAGAAUUACGACCCAGAAUUCGGAAGCAAAACCAAACCGGGCGAUAUUAUUGUGUCAGGUUAUAACUUUGGAACAGGGUCUUCAAGAGAGCAAGCGGCUACCGCAAUCUUAGCCAGAGACAUGAAGUUGAUUGUGGCAGGUUCCUUUGGUAAUAUUUUUUCCAGAAAUUCCAUUAACAACGCCUUACUGACUCUUGAGAUCCCUAAGUUAAUCAACAUGCUAAGAGAAAAGUAUUCCAGUAACGAGGAGAAGGAAUUGACCCGAAGAACUGGAUGGUUCCUCAAAUGGGAUGUCAAAGCCGCUACCGUGACUGUUACUGACGGCAAGAGUGGAGAAGUUGUCUUGAAACAAAAAGUUGGAGAAUUGGGAACCAAUCUGCAAGAUAUCAUUAUUAAAGGCGGUCUUGAAGGUUGGGUCAAGGCCAAACUGGCCGAAACCAGUACGUAG